AUGAAUUUGAAUUUUGCGUUACUACUUAAGCAUGUGAUAUUAUGUUUGGCGUGCAUUGGUGGAGAUAAACUGGGAGAAUUUGUGCAGAAACCAGCUCUUUUACGAGCAUGCAUUGACAACGCUACUCAUGCCUUAAUCGGGUGUAUUGUUUCAGUGAUCGUUUUAAACAGUGGAAAAAUUCACGUUACUAAACAAGAUUAUUGGAUGUUUCUCUUUGAAGCAACGAUCGUGUCAUCAUGCAUUGAUUUGGAUCAUUUCAUCGAGGCAAGAUCAUUCAGUUUAAAGGAUGCCACACAUCUCGAUCACCGACCAUUUCUCCACAACUCAGCUUUAUGCUUGUUCAUUCUAGGGCUAUUAUUUGCCAUAAUUCGAUUUGACGGAAGCGUUAAAUUGCGUCUUUUCAUUGCUAUGGCUUUUGUAGCAUUCAGCACACAUCAUAUCCGGGAUGCAACGAGAAGAGGAAUAUGGAUUAAAACUCCGAUUUUCAAUAAGAGCAGCCCUGCGCUACCCUACGUAGCGUAUAUUGCAUUUGUGAAUUUCGUUCCACAUGCUAUCAUUUAUCUGCUACAAGUAGCUACUCCUGCGUCGAAGACGAAAUUUGUUGAACUAGUAUAAAUUGUAAAAACCUACUAAUUUUGUAAUUGUUAUUGACUCUAAUAUUCACGCGGCAUUGUCGCAUUAGUGUAAUAAUAGCAUAUAAAACAGAGAUGCUUUCAUUUACUCACUGCACCAAGGAGGAGAGGAGAUGUUUCUCCGCGG